UAGAUCGACCUGCGCGGCUCCCGUCCGCCCGCCCGCCUGCUCCUCGCCGCUGAGCAUCGGGCCGUGGAGAGCGGGAGCCGGGAGCCCGGGUCCCAGUGAGAGCUCAGGCCCGUGGAGCCGUGUGAGGCGGCACCGUGCGUGCAUCAAGCCCCAGAGUCUAACAUGAGCCUAUUUGGAACAACUGGAGGGUUUGGAACGGGGGGCAUGUUUGGAGGGACAGCUACAGACAACCACAAUCCAAUGAAGGAUAUUGAAGUAGCAUCCCCUCCCGACGAUAGCAUCAGCUGCCUAGAGUUUAGCCCCCCUACAUUACCGGGAAACUUCCUAAUCGCUGGAUCCUGGGCCAAUGAUGUGCGUUGCUGGGAGAUUCAGGACAAUGGACAAACUGUACCAAAAGCCCAACAAAUGCACACGGGUCCAGUGUUGGACGUCUGUUGGAGUGAUGACGGCAGCAAAGUGAUCACAGCAUCAUGUGAUAAAACUGCAAAGAUGUGGGACCUCAACAGCAACCAGGCGAUACAAAUUGCUCAACACGACGCUCCUAUUAAAACCAUCCACUGGAUCAAAGCACCUAACUACAGUUGUAUAAUGACAGGAAGCUGGGACAAGACGUUAAAGUUCUGGGACACACGUUCGCCAAACCCUAUGCUGACGUUGCAGUUGCCUGAGAGGUGUUACUGUGCUGAUGUGUUGUAUCCCAUGGCUGUUGUUGCCACAGCAGAAAGAGGUCUAAUAGUCUACCAGCUCGAGAACCAGCCAUCCGAAUUCAAGAGGAUAGACUCUCCCCUCAAGCACCAGCAUCGUUGCGUUGCCAUCUUCAAAGACAAACAGAACAAGCCGACAGGAUUUGCACUUGGUAGCAUUGAAGGACGAGUAGCCAUUCAUUAUAUAAAUCCUCCCAAUCCUGCAAAAGACAACUUCACUUUCAAGUGCCAUCGGUCUAAUGGAACAACCAACACAUCUGGACCUCAAGACAUUUACGCUGUGAAUGGAAUUGCAUUCCAUCCAAUGCAUGGCACUCUUGCCACUGUAGGAUCUGACGGCAGGUUCAGCUUUUGGGACAAAGAUGCUCGGACAAAACUGAAAACGUCGGAGCAGCUUGACCAGCAGAUUGCUGCCUGCUGCUUCAACAAUAAUGGGAACAUCUUUGCAUAUUCGUCAAGUUAUGAUUGGUCAAAAGGUCAUGAAUAUUUUAACCCACAGAAGAAAAAUUAUAUCUUCCUACGUAAUGCUGCAGAGGAGCUGAAACCCAGGAACAAGAAAGGGAUUUGAGUGGCAACUGCUGGUGAUUUCCCAAACAGCCUUGGAGGCAAGUGAUCGAAGGAGGAUAUUUGAAAACGAAGAUCCAUAACUACAGCUGGUGUAUGAUUUCUGUCGCUUUUGCUGGAUUCCACAGCAUGUCUUGUAUUAGAUUUUCUUGUUUCGUAUAUUUUCCUGUAAUAAAGUUUUCAUUUAAUUAUU